UGGUUUUGUAAACUAGAACUUCAGCCCUUCUCACUUUAGAGUUUAUAGUCUUAAGUUCUUAAGACAGUCUAGACGUCUAUAGAUAUCUAGAUCUAUAUAAAUCUAGACAUUCUAGAUCUAGAUUUACUUUCUGAUCUGUAGAAUCUAGAUCUAUAGUCUAACUAUGCUAUUGAGAAAAGAUGAAGGGCUAUAUAUAGAAAUGUGAACUUGUCAUGUCAGCCUUCCAGUAAAUGCUUUGGAAUGAGGCAGCAAUUCUUCAUUUGAGUGUCAGCAUGCAAUUAGUUAACAGAGAAGCUUUGGUUAUUCUUUGCGUGAACUACGCAUUUUUUUCAGUCGUUGUACUUUCCUUUGUGUUGGUGAUAAUGCUUAUGACAAACACAUCUCAGACUCAACAAGACCUUAUGACAUCACUUUCCAUGAUGGCCUUCAGCUUCAUUUUCAUUGACCUUAUCAUUGCCAACUUUCUAGUGGAAUCAUUAAGACUUCAGAAAGAAUUAAAAGCGAUUUAUCAAAUCUAAUAACAUGUCUCUUUGUUUUCAAUAGUAGCCAAUAUUUUCUAUUUUUGCUUUUGCUAUGGCAACUGCUAGCAUUAAACAUAGCUGUAGUUCUAAAAGCUUAUCACUUGAUUCUGGUGUAAUGACAAUUACAUCAGAAGAUUCUUACAAAUCAGACUUUGAUGACAACUCACUAACACCACUGAGCCCUAGCUCAACCUAUACUGUGUCAGCAAUCCCAAACAUUGAACACAGCUACAUUGAUGCUCUGAUACUUUGUCAGUGGGAUAACAUUCUGGGUCCUCGUCUAGACCAUGUUUGGUAUGUGACAGGACGGCCACAGCCCCAUACAAAUAUCCUGAGAUUUGUCACAGGUCAAGUUCUCAGCGGAGAAAUUUGCAGAGAUGUGCAUACUAGUCAGGUUGAUAUUAAGUUUGUUGACAUUCCAGAUAAAGGUGUGAUAAUUCCAGCGUUCAUUUUCUCUGCUCAGGGCAGCCGCUGUAUUUCAUUACAGUCUUUAGCUCUUAUCAUCCCCAAUUCGGAACUUACAAUUUACUUGCAUCAGGCUGAUCUAAUCCAUUCUUGGUUCUCUAGAAUCGUGGCAAAAUUAAGAGUGCUGUGUGCUAAGAAAGAUUUUGGAACAUCUGGCCUUGCAGACCUUUCAUCUUGGCUGCUGUCUUGUCUAGAAAUGCUUUCAUCUUUACAAACAGUUGGGCUGCCCCCAACUAUACAGCUUAGUUACACAGCCUUCCAUCCCUCCAAUUCAAUUGAGCAAGACUUUCUGAGAUCUGUGAUAGCUUCCCACUUAAUGACCUUUAGCCGUAGUGUUGUGAUGGGCUUGAACGAUGAGAGAGUUAACAUACUGGUCUAUACUUUGGGCUUGUUCUGCUGGGACAGUGAGAGAUUCUGCUCUAGGGCAGCUCUAAAAGGAAAGAAAUGGCCUUAUUACCAAGAUCUUUGUGUACAGGGAUGUACAAAGAAUCCAGAUGGCUCUUACAAUUUAUCAGUAAGAGAUUUGCUAUGCAGUCAAUAUCCCACUACUAUCAUAGAUGUAGAGCGAAGGGAAGUAAUGCAAUCCAGUUCUGUACUAGAUCACCGGCGCCUCAGUUAUGAAACUUUAUUAGAAGAGUUAAGGGAAUUGUACGAAGGUGAAGAAGGUUAUGGAAACAGUCCAUCAAGGUUUUACCAGCCAGUUAAUAGUCCUGAAAGUAUAAUAAAAGAUUUAAUUGAAGAUAUUCACAAAUUGCCUCCUGACUAUGGUGUACGAGAAGCAUAUGUUCGUCAUUUUAUGCACUCUUUACAGCGCCGAGCAUUCUGUCUUAUAAAAUAUGUAGAAGGAGAAGUGACCUCCGGGGCUCGUAUCAGUGUCAAACGAAUUAAACAGGACCUUGGACUUCAGUUGGAGGGAGAUUUUCGUAUUACAUUGGCAGUAGCUGACAAAAUGAAACCUGGCAUUUACCACUAUCUGCUCGGAGAAAAGAAAUAUGAUACAGAAUAUCUUCCUAACCCAGCUGAUGUUUUAUAGCCUUAAGUUUUUUUUUAUCUAAUUUAUAAGCUUUACAAUGAAAGAGAGAGGCAACUAUUUAGCUGUAGUUCUAUUAAAGUCAUUAUAACUUGAUUGUUUUUCCUGCUAAGUGCAAACAAUAUUCCAAUCCAGAUGAUUUUAUUUUUGUUUAAUCCAGGUAUCAAUCAUUUUUCUGUACAAAAAGAAACAGUUUAUAUUUAAAUACCUUUUUUGAAAAUUGUAAGUUAGAGCUUUUUUAAUUAUACUUUUUCCAUAUCUACUCACUAAUAAAAAAUUAUAAACUUGCAAUAAAAAUGUUGAAAUAAUGCAGUACUAAUAAUUUAUUGUCUCAAUAAUUAUUUUUAUUACUGCAAGAUUAUACAUACACCUGAUAAAUUCAGAGAAUUUCAAUCCUUAAUUGCCCAGAGUUUCUGAUCCCCUACUAGAUAGCACUGUACGCUUCAGUUUUACUGCACCUAUGUUUAAUGAAACUAAUCAUAAUGUUACAAUGAAUUCGGUUCUUAUCAUGUAAAGCACACUUCAUGAAACAGGUUGUCAAUGUGUUAAGGCAUGGGAACUAUCUAUGCCAUGGACUACUUUGUCAACUUGUUGGGAUUGACGAGAGUUGUAGUGUUUGCUUAUGAACCACCAGGACCAUAGGAACAAAUGGUUAAUAGAAAAUCAGGGUCUUAUCUACCCCUGUUGAUUAUCAGGGCCAUCGCCAUUUUCUUACCGGUAUUUAUUAUGCAGUAGUAUUCAUUAUAGUGUCCCAACAUUGUGUGGGUCAAUGCCAGCUUACUUGAAUGUCCUUACAUGUCAGUCUCAGACACUGAAUUUCUGUUCUGCUCUCCACCCUCUCCCCUGCCCCAUUAUCUUAGAAAUUAUAUUUAAAACAUGGGAGUCCGCUGUCUAACAUUUUUAAGCAAACUUUCUCUUACAUUUAAGUACCAUUAGUUUUUUUUGCUAUAAACCUUCACAUGCCCUGUUCAAAUGUCCAGAUAUUUAUUGAAUACCCUCAGUUAUCAGAUAAACAGUGCCAUUCAGCUGUUUCUUUUUUUUUAUUUUGUUUUAUUUUAAUUUGUUUGUUUUUUUAACAGAUUUUUAUCUUUUCUAAAUUGUUUUCUUUCCAUAAUAUAUUAUAUAUUAUUGUUGAAAUGGCCUUGCAACAAGCUAAUAUAUUUUUGUUUAUUUGAUUUAAAAACACAAUGUGAUAUCAAAUAAUUUUCUAUUUCUUUGUUUUUUCAUUUCUUCCAAUUGUGUGUCUGAUACAAUAAUUUGUCAUUAUUCAACAUUGUGAGAAUAUUUUGGAUAGCUCAACUUUUUAAAAUUAUUUUAUAAAUUUUCUCAUUCGUUUGUAAAAUAAGAUUGAAUUCAAUUCUUUAGACCAGAGGCUUAUUGGAUGAGCUGCUUAUUCAUAUUGAAUGCUAAAGUAACUAAAUCAUAUCUUAGAACACAUUUUACAUGUCCAUGUUAAAGAACUAGCAGAUUAUUCUUACCAGAAUUAUUGCUUCUUGAUGUGAUCCCAAUAACCCUUGCCUCUGUUUUACACAUCAACAGUUUGCAAGUAGUAUUUUGUGAUUUUUUUUUUAUUACUGUUUGAACUUAGUACAGUAUUACAAUUUUUCACUGAUUUGGUUUUUACCUUUACCUAUCCCUUAGUCUAUUGGACUGUUGGGGCACCAUGCAAGACUCGUUGACCUUCUUUCUCCAUUCUUAUCCUUUUACUAUAUCAAAUAAAUGAAAAAACAACUAAUCAUUUUGAUGCAACAUUAAAAUGUUAUUGUGUGUCUUCAUGCUUGUCCCUUCUAUGCUAACUUAAUAUGGAAGAAUAUCAAGAGCAAUUGUAUAGGUCAUACCCACGAGCCAAACUAGUAUCAGGAUCAUUUUGUUAUUACAAAGUAAUUUUUUUUCUCUUGUUCAUGAUUUCAGCAUGAAAAUAACAUUGAAAGCUUAGAAUGAAAAAAAAUUCUUUUUUUUAUAAGUAUUUAGUCUUUAAGUUGAAACAAAGUAUUUUUUUUGUUUUGAUGUACUGAGAGUGUUUGGGAAUCAUUAGGCCUCUACAUACUACAAGUGAUAAGUCAUGACUUAGGGAAUCAUUAGGCCUCUACAUACUACAAGUGAUAAGUCAUGACUUAGGGAAUCAUUAGGCCUCUACAAGUGAUAAGUCAUGACUUAGGGAAUCAUUAGGCCUCUACAUACUACAAGUGAUAAGUCAUGACUUAGGGAAUCAUUAGGCCUCUACAAGUGAUAAGUCAUGACUUAGGGAAUCAUUAGGCCUCUACAAGUGAUAAGUCAUGACUGUUUGUGUACAUUUCUUGGAUGAUUUUGUUGUCUAAUUUUGUCUUAUGUUUGAAAUACACUUUUGUUCUUUUUGUUUUUUUACUUCUUGCAAUUUCGCUAAAAGUUUAAAUAAAUAAAAAUAAUUUGUUGAUUGUGGGAUGAAGAGUUUAAUUUAAACAAAAAAUGGAAAUAUGAAUUUUGGUUGUUGUUUUUUUUUUUUGUCCACUGGUUGUACAUCAAUCAUUAGAUUGUCUGAAUUUCAUCUUUCACUUUUCUUACACUGUAGCAUACAAUUUAAUAAAAUGCUCUAUUGGCUGAAUCAUUUUAUAACAAUACUAUUAGAUAGAUAUUAGUGACAUUGUGUUAAAUUAAUAAAAUGUGAUUUAAUACUAAAGUAA